ACAGACUUAUUAAAGCAAGUGCUCAAUUCUGUCCUUCAAGUCAUUAAAGAUAUACUAAGACAGACCCAAAGCAAGCAUCCCCUGGGGAAACAAUUGCUUCCACCUCCCACUCGGACCAGUCAGUACACACAAAAUCUGCUUCUGUCAUAUCAUCUGAUUCAGUCUCCACCUCCACAGACAACUUUUCUCCAGAUCUCAAGAUCCUUUGACAAACGAAAAAUGGCUACUGUAGACAAGAAGGACACCCUUCCCACCCAUACACUCACACUAUCAGAUGUCAGUAAAGUAUUACUGGCCCUGAGGGAAACUAAUAAAUUGGCUGAAAUGGAAGAACCUCCUUUGCUGCCAGGAGAAACCAUUAAGGACAUGGCCAAAGAUGUAACUUACAUCUGCCCUUUCACUGGAGCUAUAAGAGGAACCCUGACAGUUACAAAUUACCGGCUGUAUUUCAAAAGCAUGGAAAGGGUGAGAUUUGACCCUCCAUUUGUCCUGGAUGCUUCUUUAGGUGUGAUCAACCGAGUAGAGAAAAUUGGAGGUGCUUCCAGCCGUGGGGAGAAUUCUUAUGGACUGGAGAUAGUAUGCAAGGAUAUUCGAAACCUACGGUUUGCUCAUAAACCGGAGGGACGAACUAGACGAUCCAUAUUUGAGAACCUAAUGAAAUAUGCCUUUCCGGUAUCCAAUAAUUUGCCUCUUUUUGCAUUUGAAUACAACGAGGUGUUUCCAGAAAACGGAUGGAAGGUAUUUGACCCUGUUUUGGAGUACAGAAGACAGGGAAUUCCCAACGAAAGCUGGAGAGUGACCAAGAUAAAUGAACGCUAUGAGCUGUGUGAUACGUAUCCUGCCACUCUUGUUGUGCCUGUAAAUAUUCCAGACGAGGAAUUGAAGAGAGUGGCAUCUUUUAGAUCCAGGGGUCGCAUACCAGUAUUGUCGUGGAUUCAUCCAGAAAGUCAAGCUACAAUCACACGCUGCAGCCAGCCGAUGGUUGGAGUGAGCGGGAAGCGAAGCAAAGAUGAUGAAAAGUAUCUUCAGUCCAUCAUGGAUUCCAACGCCCAGUCCCAUAAGAUUUUCAUAUUUGAUGCAAGGCCUAGUGUUAAUGCUGUUGCCAAUAAGGCUAAAGGAGGAGGCUAUGAAAGUGAGGAUGCCUAUCAGAAUGCAGAAUUAGUCUUCCUGGACAUUCACAACAUUCAUGUUAUGAGAGAAUCAUUGAGAAAACUGAAGGAGAUUGUAUAUCCUAACAUUGAGGAGACUCAUUGGUUAUCCAACCUGGAAUCAACUCAUUGGUUAGAACAUAUUAAGCUAAUUCUUGCUGGAGCCCUUCGGAUUGCUGAUAAGGUGGAAUCGGGGAAGACAUCCGUGGUUGUGCACUGCAGUGACGGCUGGGACCGAACAGCCCAGCUCACUUCUCUGUCCAUGCUCAUGCUGGAUGGCUAUUAUCGAACGAUAAGGGGAUUUGAAGUACUUGUGGAGAAGGAAUGGCUGAGUUUUGGGCACAGAUUUCAGCUGAGAAUUGGCCAUGGAGAUAAGAAUCAUGCAGAUGCUGACAGAUCUCCUGUUUUCCUCCAGUUCAUUGACUGUGUCUGGCAAAUGACAAGACAGUUUCCUACAGCCUUUGAAUUCAAUGAGUACUUCCUGAUAACCAUUCUGGACCACCUGUACAGCUGUUUGUUUGGAACAUUCCUGUGUAGCAGUGAGCAGCAGAGGGUGAAAGAGAGCCUUCCAAAAAAGACUGUGUCGCUGUGGUCCUACAUCAAUAGCCAACUUGAAGACUUUACAAACCCCUUGUUCGGGAGCUACACCAACCAUGUGUUGUAUCCAGUAGCCAGCAUGCGCCAUCUAGAGCUUUGGGUGGGAUAUUACAUCAGAUGGAAUCCAAGGAUGAAACCACAGGAGCCUGUUCACAAUCGAUACAAAGAACUUCUUGCAAAGCGGGCCGAGCUGCAGAAGAAGGUGGAGGAGCUCCAGAGAGAAAUAACUAACCGAUCAACCUCCUCCUCCGAGAGAGCUGGCUCUCCUGCCCAAUGUGUGGCUCCUGUGCAGACAGUUGUAUAAUGACUUUUCUAUUAAGUACUUUCCAGGACCAUGAUACAAGAGCAGCUUUUCUAGCAGGAAACCCUCUGAAGUUAAAACCUGGUGUCUAGGAGAUGCCAAUUUAUUUAUUAUAUUUCUUUCCAGGGUUAUUUAUUAGUACUGUAAUAUUAAUGGAAACUUAAGCAAAAUCAUGCCCCCUAUGCAAUUAGUUUUCUUAGUGGCUAGAUUACUAUAAAACUACAAAUUGCACCAAAAACAAGAUGCAGAGCUCUUGUUCACGUAUCUGUUAGAAACCACGUCGCUUUCAGUGAGGGACAGUGCAUUGGAAGGAACGUUUAUAUAGGAAAAGUGUCUACACAGGAGAAGUCUGACAAGUCUCCAUUUUGCUGGAACAGAUACAGACUAAAGAGGGAACAAGCAUAAUUCUUAUCGGUUUCAAAGUCUGGACUGCAGCUGUGAACAAUUGGACUUCUCAGUGUCAGUUUACAUGCAAAAAUGUCAAAACUGAAAUGUUGCCAACAUAUGAAAUUCCAAGAGAACCCUAAACAGUUUCCUAUUGACUAAUUUGUUCUUUCCCAUCACAUAGGAAGCUGGACCAUGUAUUUAGGCUUUGCUUUUGUCUAGAGGUAUGCAAGAACUUAAAUCAAUGUCAGCUUCUUUUUAAGAUAUAUUCCUAAUAAAGCAAAGUGAUACCUUAUCUACAGGAAAGGCAUCUUCAACCAGGAGGGUAUGGGAGUAGAUGAAUUACCACUAUCCCUCAAGUUGUCCUUUUUAGGACAGAGUUUAUCUUCAGGUAUCAUACAUUAUUUACAUCAGUUAAUUCCAUUAAACUAAUAUUAAACCACUUCUAUAAAGGAUGGGGCAGGAGACAACUCCCCUGUAGUUUCUGCAGCUAUUUCUUUCCCAUGCCUCAUACCCAAGAGGUGACAAAUGCAACACAUACUGGAAUCAGUUGAGUUUCAUUUUGCUUAGGUAAGUGUAAACUGUUAUUUGAUGCUUUGGUGCAGGAUCAUGGUGAUGUGUUCAUAAUUCAUGCUGUAUUUUAUUUUUCUGUUUACUGAUUGACCAAAGAAAACCUUCCGCAUGUAUUACAAUCACACUGUAAAGUGAAUGGUCAGUUGGCUGAGUUGUUUAGUCUGCUAAAGUAAUAUUUUAGCACUUGCUUAAACAUGUUUUAUUCUGAGAGGGAGAGUAUAGUGCAUUUAGGAGCCCUGUUACCUGCACAGUGGUCAAUUAAACUUUAUCCAAAAUCAA